ACCAACAACAAACAAACAACUGCAGCAUCCUCCCAUCCGUUUCCCCCGGUAAAAGCACUCAAUACCCAGGUAACAGAAGUAGGACUUAACCCCCCUGGAGCUCACCCGUUUCGGCGGUGGUUACCGUUGUUUCUCGGCCGCUCAGCAUGACCACUCACCGGGUGUUUCAGUCCCAGCUGUCCUCCAUCAUGGAGGCUCUGACCCGGGCUGCGGUGCUGGAGAUCAGCGAGCUGCUGGAGGAGAGCUGCGCCGGCUGGAGGAGCGAGAUCUCCCGCAGCCACAUUGAGAACCAGGCGCUGCGGAGGAGGCUGGAGCUCCUGGAGACCGUCAUCACCCGGGGACGGAGGCUGGAGAGCGGCGGGGAGGAGGAGGCAGGUGGGGGGGUCUUUAUGGAUGUCACUGUCGCUGCAGUCAGAACCAAACAGCCGAAAACAGAUUUCUCAAGAAUUGGAAGAGUCCCCGUGUGUGAGGCUACUAUCGAGCUGACCCAAGCUAUUAAAGAGGACUCCUCAAGCAGAGACGGAGAGGGCUCGAGCGAACAGGACGUCGUUCUGAUAAAGGAAGAAACCACGAAAGAGGAAGUGAGCGAUGAUGCAGACGAUCUGCUUCUCAACGAGGAAGAGUUGGCGGUGCAGCUGUCGGAUACAGACGACAGUGAAGCCGGACCCUCGGGGGGGCUGACCUCCAGCUCCAUCAUGAGGCUGUGGGACCAGAACAGCGAGGCGCCAUCGGAGCGUCAGAACCCCCAGAGUGCACCGGGGUCUCCGGGCCGAGGAGGCGGCAGCGGCUCCUCAGACGUUGUGUUUGACCUGGAGUCGGACUGUGACGCUCCGGAUAAACAGUUCCUUGUCGGUGGGGCAGGAGGGAGGAGCUCGCUGCCCGGGACCUCUGAGCUGAAAAGAGGCGGGUCCUUGAUCUCAUACGACACAGAUAUGUGCUCCUCGUGGACCAAUCAGAGCCUGCCGCCUCACCGGCUGCUGGACAACAGGUCCGAUCUUAACAUCCCAACUUUCCCGUUAGGGCUCCAGCUCGCAGGAUCCCAACUGGACCCGCUGGAGAUGAACCGGUUCUGCAGGGACCGACGCUUCAUCUGCAGCUACUGUGGGAAGUGCUUCACGUCGGGCCGCAGUCUGGAGACGCACGUGCGCGUUCACACGGGUGAGCGUCCGUACAGCUGCGCUCAGUGCGGGAAGCGCUUCACGCAGUCCGGACACCUGAAGACGCACCAGAGCGUGCACACCGGGGAGCGGCCGUUCGGGUGCCAGCACUGCGGGAAGAGGUUCGCCGGGAAGCAGAACCUGAGAAUCCACCUGCAGAAACACCACGCGGAUCAGCAGCAGCUCUAACCGGAGGAGGAGCUUCAUUCAUCCAUGAGGGGAGAUUCAGAGACACUGUGGAGGCACCUGUGGAGUGAAAGUCCUCUGAGCUGAGGUCAGGGAGAGAGCUCAAAGUGUAGAUCAUUCCAACGCUGCAGCCGACCUUAUGACGGGCAACCAAUCAGGUAACAGCUUUGCUUAGAGGCGCAUGAUAGCAGUACGUAACAAUAUCACAACAGUUUAACCGGCUGAUUUCACGGCAAGGCUCUGCGUGAUCGGCUAAGGGGGCGGGACCUCUCUCGUGACUCUGAGGGUCGAGGAGGAAUUAAAAAGCUCUGCAAAGGAUAGAAACAUGAACCAGUAGCACGGAUCGGUGUUUCCUCAAUCUGCAGGUGGGGAUUCGAUUCUAGAAACACUUUUCCUGCAGAGUUAGGAGCUCCUUUGUUUACUUCUGGAACACAGUGACAGUAACACUCACGCUCCUAUUGGCUAGCACUCCAAAACAUUAUACGCGAUAGGCUAAGGGGCGGGACAUCUCUAAGCGGUUGACCAAUCACAGCAGAGCCGGCCAGCUGACCUAUCAGAGCAGACUGGGCUCUGGUUUCAGACAGAGGGUGAAAAGCGGAGCGGCAGCACAGGCAGUCUGAGAAACAUAAAGAGCUUUCGAACAUUAGAGCAUACAGACAUGUCCCAGGAGAGACCGAAAUACUGAUAAGAACCGAGCAGAGUUCAUCCUCUUUGCUACGCAGCGUUUUAACUUUGUUUAUCCCACCAGGGGAAGUUCUGUUUCCACAAACACUGGAGGAGGAACCUGCUGAAAUAGUGAUAUGUCUUUUCUAUUGUGAAUGUGCCCAUACCUCUCUUAAUGUUUUACUAGUUUUGUAUGUUAUUGUAUCUUUUACAUAUUUCUAACUCGUGUGUAACACUGCUGCUGUGACGAAAUAACUUCCCAAUUUGGGACGAAUAAACCCUCUAUCUAUCUGAAA